AUUUGAACUGUGUAGUAAAAUUACACAAUUAGUUUUGCUUUGCACAUUGGAAAAUUCAAAACAUCUCAGCAGUCACUUUCCCAAUGGGAAACCAUUUUAUGGGAGUAUAUAUGACUGUGUCAAGUUCAGGAAAGGUUUAUUGUCCCCAAAUAUUUUGAAAUCUUUUUUUCAUGUUUCCUAGCGCUGUGGUUCCCUACUUUUUCCUUUCCUUUAAUAACCUGCCUUCCUUUGAAACAGAUCUACUUUAUCUGGAGUUAUCAGACCAUUCACCACAUUUUACUCCAUAAAGCUGCCAUUUCCUUCCUUGCUAGCUCUCACUCAAUGAAGGGACUGAGUGAACAGUUUAAAAAGUCCCAGUAUGGAAGUGUUUGUGUUUGUUUGUAUGGUAUCUAAACUACAGGAAGAACUUCUUGGAGUUUUGCAACACAGAAGCAUUGUCAUCCUCUCAAAACAAAACACUGAUUGUCUUUGGGGAAGUAGCUGGAUCUCAUUUUGGAAGAAAUUUCUGGAGCCCUAUCAUACCAGAGGAGUAGAACACAUGGAAGACCAGAUGAAAGUCUUUGGAAGCAACCUUGACGAUUCUGAAAGAAAUUACCAGAAUGUUAUUACUCCAAACAGAACAAGAGCAAUGAAAGCUAAGUCAGGGGUGCCUUCAUUUGUGCGGAUUGCCAGUCAUAAGGGCUGCAUCUGUUCCAGAACAUCUAAGAUCAUUCUUUACAUCUUGGUGUGUGUAUCCCUGUUGAUGGCAACAGCUGCUUUUCUGCUGGCUUUUUUGAAAUUUCUCCCUCAGUGUCCAAAAGGCUGGCUGAAGUUCCAGACAAAUUGCUAUUACUUCUCUGCUGAUCAACAACCUUGGGAGAAGGCAAUGAGUAACUGCCAAAGCCUCAAAGCUCACCUGGUAGUGGUUGAUGAUAAAAAUGACAUAGAUAAACAGGAAUUUCUAGAUCAUCUAAAAAAUACUAGCUAUUGGAUUGGCCUCAGGAAGUACCCUAAAGACAAGUGGAUGUGGAUAAAUGGUAAACCCUUUCCAGAGACGACUCAAUCCAUUGAAAAUAAUGAAAAAGAAAACUGUAUGUAUAAUUUCUGGAAAGAUUCUAAAAGUAGGAAAAAGAAAACUGCUUGUACAGAAUAUUUUCCUUAUAUCUGUGAAAAAGAACAAAUAUAAAAAUAUGCAAUUUGAUAAAGUUUAUAUUUUCUUCUUUGGAAAAUCAUGUACUCCAUUGUUUGAUGGGUUUUAUAUAAUUUCUUAUGGAGUUACAAUUUUUCAAAUGCUGCAGUAAUCAGAGUGAGCAUCUCCAUUUAGGAGGUGCUGCUGCCUAACAAACACAAUUUGCCUUUUCUUGGGUUUUUUGUUUUUAUUAUAUUGAAACAAGGCAAGGGUGAAAAAGAUGAUAUUUUAAAAUUUUUAAAGGAGAGUUGUAAUUUUAAGCAAGGAGAAAUAUAUAUAUUCAAUCAUUCUAACCUGAAAAACAGUUGCAUAGAUAAAGUUAAUACAUUAAUGUAGCCAACAAGGAAUUUUUAAUAAAAGUAUCUGUAACUCUAGAAACUAUACUUGUAUCUGUUAUCUAAUACAUGCUUGAUGAAAAUAAAAGAAAUAAAUAAAAAUAAAGCUGCCAGCAUCUCCUGCAAUUGGA